UUACAUUACACUGGGGAGAAGGCACUGGCAGCCCGGAGCUCGCUAAGGGUCCCACAGACGCAGGCAGCUUCCGGGAGUGAGGCUGAAUUGGUGCUUCUUGCAGCUGAUCCCUGCCUCUUCCUGGCCGGGCGGGCCCCGUCAGCGAAACAGGAAUUGAAUACAGCCUGCUGGUGCUGCAUUUCUGCUCCGGAGAGCAAGGUACAGCAACCAGGCGUUUGCGCGGUAGGAAGUAUGAACUGGGCCCAGUUUUAGAACUAAUACAAAAUCAGCAACUUCCCAACUAAAGUCCGGAAAGAUCGAGAAUCCAUCCUCAACAUAUAGGAUUCUGAAGACUAUCACCAUCAUUUUCUGUAGUUUCAGAAUUAACUGCCCAUAAUAGUGUUUGUCCCAUAGCCACAGUAUAUCACUUGUAGCAAAAAGAAAAAAAAAUACUCCAUAAUCCAGAAACAACCAUAGAUAAGUCAUAAGAACCAACAGAUUACAAAAAGAGUGAGAGGAGGAGCCAGCUGUGAAAGGCAGCGUUGCUGACUUUGCUGCUUACCAAGAUUAUUAGGAGGAGAAGGGGAAGGACAGACAGACAUGUCUUCAGAAACAGCCCAAAGUAAAGUUCAGGCACCUUCACAGCAACAAAACAAACAGUCUGGUCUCCACUGUCCUAUCUCAGAUGCUCACGUCAAUAGAAAAGAAGUAGAAAGGAUCAGUCGAGAAUGUAGAAACGAAAGUUUCUGGUACAGAGGUCUUCCCUUGUCUCUAGGAAGCAUGCUCAUCACUCAAGGGCUAAUUUACAAUGGUUUUCUCUCAUCGAACCCAAGAUUUGGAUCAUUACCUAAAAUUGCAUUUGCUGGUGCCUUUGGUCUUGCCAUUGGGACGAUGUCAUACAUACGAGUAUGCCAGAGAAAGUUCCAAAGUAUAGGAGUUCAGCCAUUUGGUCCAGAACAUAAAAGGCACUGUCAUCAUACCUGCAAGGAAUGUGAAGCAAAUUUUGGAUCUAAUGGACCGGAAAACUCAAAGCCUUCAGCUUCAUAAUGCCAGAUCAUGUCUCUUCUUUUUAAGAAGUUACUUCAUAUCUUGGUAUCUGAAUUGUAGAACUGACAAAGAUGACAAAAUCUUGCAGAAAAAGUCUCUUCCUUCAAUAGCUUAUUCUGGACAGAAGAAAUUAAGCCUACAGUCAGGUGUAAACCAGUACACUGUGAGGAUUGGGUUGAUUUUAAAAAAGUUUGCCUAUAUAAUAAAUGCUAAUUUCUAGUAA